AUGGCUUCAAAGGCUCGUAGAACCUCUGUCGAAACUCGUAAUUUGGCCGGGCCACCCAGCUCUGUUUCAUCGGAGCAGUCGUCGCCCAUGUCAUCUUCCCCGGCUGGCUCGGAACUCCCUCCUUCCAAACCACCAAAGCGAGCAAAAACCAAGAAGCGUCGAGCCCCUCAGACGCGAGCAGACCAGGAAGGCCUGGGAGAGAUCAUCCCCCUCCCUGAUAUUCCAGAAUCGGACGCAGAAGCUGACGGGCCUAGUCCCUCCCUCCCAGAGAUUAAGCCUCGGCCAGACCCAGAGCCUCUGGCUCGUGCUAGCCAACCUCGUGCUAGUUCAGUUGACGCUGCCAGCUCCCGCUCCGCUUCGGUUGACCUUCUCGCUCAGCCUCCGAAGAAGCCCAAGGCGUCGAGUAAGGACGUCAACCAUUUUUUCGACCGCAAGAGGAUCGAUCCUCAGACAGGGGAGAUCGUUCAGGUCUGGGUUAGGGUGGUAGCUUGCCCGACGAGCGAAGCGAGGAGGGACCAAAAUAGUUUCAAGGUGGAGUACCAUCGGAUGUCUGUAGAGAGGCGGGAGACGCCUCUACGGGUGCAUCCAAAUGACAUCAUUGUAUAG